AUGUUACUGCCCUCUUCUUGCACGGCCCUCGGUCUGAACCCACUUUUUCAGAUCUUUUUCGCAAUCUUCGUCCCUCCCAUUGGCGUCUUCCUUGAGCGAGGAUGCGGUGCGGACCUCUUGAUCAACAUCCUUUUGACCAUCCUGGGAUACAUCCCCGGAAUCAUUCAUGCUCUCUACAUCAUCCUGAAGUAUUGA